CUCCUCCUCACUUUAGAGGAUUUAAUGCUGCUUCCAGCACCUUUUUUGUGAUCCGGGGGACGUGAUACCCCAGAGCUCGAACUACCACAGCGGAAUCCUACUUUUGUUUUGAUUCCUCCCUCGCUUCCCCCCUGCGCUGCGCGCAUCUGAUUGAUCUGCGAAGUUCGACGCUUCUGCCAGCGGGAGAGGAAUAAAUAGAUGCUGCUGCCCCCGAAGGCUUAAGCCUUGGGAAAGAGCGGCCAGAGCGGCAGGGGCGGUGGCGGCUGGAGCUCAGCGAAGCUCGUGGGACCCCAUUGGGGGAAUUUGAUCCAAGGAAGCUGUGAGAUUGCCGGGGGAGGAGAAGCUCCCAGAUCAUUGUGUCCACUUCCAGGGGACGGGAGGAGACGGCGCAGCGGGCCUCUGGGCGUCCACGGCACUGCUGCACGCUGCCCCGUCCUGCCGGGAGCAUGGCCUGCGACAGCCAGGCCGGGCUGUUCGCCCUGGCCGCGCUCUGUUUGCUCCAGGUGCCCGGAGCCUGGGCUGCAGCCUGCGAGCCAGUGCGCAUCCCCCUGUGCAAGUCUCUGCCCUGGAACAUGACCAAGAUGCCCAACCACCUGCACCACAGCACCCAGGCCAACGCCAUCCUGGCCAUCGAGCAGUUCGAGGGUCUGCUGGGCACCCACUGCAGCCCCGAUCUGCUCUUCUUCCUCUGUGCCAUGUACGCGCCCAUCUGCACCAUUGACUUCCAGCACGAGCCCAUCAAGCCCUGCAAGUCUGUGUGCGAGCGGGCCCGGCAGGGCUGUGAGCCCAUCCUCAUCAAGUACCGCCACUCGUGGCCGGAGAGCCUGGCCUGCGAGGAGCUGCCGGUGUACGACCGAGGCGUGUGCAUCUCCCCCGAGGCCAUCGUCACUGCGGACGGAGCCGAUUUUCCUAUGGAUUCUAGUAAUGGAAACUGUAGAGGGGCAAGCAGUGAACGCUGCAAAUGCAAGCCUAUUAGAGCUACACAGAAGACCUAUUUCCGGAAUAAUUAUAACUAUGUCAUUCGGGCUAAAGUUAAAGAAGUAAAGACUAAGUGCCAUGAUGUGACUGCAGUAGUGGAGGUGAAGGAGAUACUAAAGUCUUCUUUGGUAAACAUUCCAAGGGAUAACGUCAACCUCUACACCAGCUCUGGCUGCCUGUGCCCUCCACUGAGUGUUAAUGAGGAGUACAUCAUCAUGGGCUAUGAAGAUGAGGAACGCUCCAGAUUACUCUUGGUGGAAGGCUCUAUAGCUGAGAAAUGGAAGGAUCGACUUGGUAAAAAAGUUAAGCGUUGGGAUAUGAAGCUCCGUCAUCUUGGCCUGAGUAAAAGCGAUUCCAGCAUUAGCGAUUCCACUCAGAGUCAGAAGCCUGGCAGAAGCGCCAACCCCCGGCAAGCCCGCAACUAACUCCUGAAAUGCAGAAAGUAACCUCGGUGGACUUCCUGUUGAGACUUGUAUUGUUGGACUAGCAAAGGAAAAUUGCACUAUUGCACGUCAUAUUCUAUUGUUUACUACAAAACUCAUGUGGUAACUGAUAUUACUUCUGUUUUCUCUAUUGUUUUCUGCUUUUCUCUCAUCUCCCCUCCCCCCUUUUAAUGGCCUGGGCGUAGGUCCUUAAAUAUAUGUUUUCUAUUUCACUAACUAUGGGAAAGCUGUUCCUUUGCAAUAGUAAUCCAUUAAACAUGCUGAUACUGGGGCCUCUUUGCUGGAGUCUCCAGAUGUUAAUUUACUGUUCUGCACCCAGAUUGGGAAGGCGGUAUUGGAUGCAAGGAGACUUCUGGUACAGACAGAAUGCUGGAUAUACUGUAAAACAUAUUCUACUCAUUUAAUUACAGUCUCAUUUUCAUUUGCCUUGUGGGCAUUCUCCUCAUGCGUAGAAAGUCCUAAAUGUUUAGAAAGGUAAAAUGGCAGUUUGAAAUCAAUGCCACAUAGGCAGAGCAAUCAAGCACCAGGAAGCAUUUACAAGAAACAACACACAAGAUGAAUUAUUUUCAAGAUUGGCAGGAAGCAAAAUAAAUAGUGUUAGGAGCUGAGGAAAGGACAUCUUGUUUGACUGAGAAGCUCGCGGAAACCAGUAGCCAUUGGGGUAUGAACAGUAGCAUUGAUCUUUUGGCAACGCAUUUGAUUUGUUAAAAUGGAUGUAUUAAUCAGCAUUAGGAAGGUGAAUUGUUUAGAUAUCUGCUGUUGUCACUAUAGUUCCGUUUAAUUUGCUUCCUUUUAAAUAAACCUGUUGGUGGAAAUCUUUUUCUCUGUCUCUCUCUCUCUUUUUCUUUCUUCUUUUAUAAUAAAUUGGACUUGCUGUAUUGACCAGGAAAGGAAAGUAUGUAUGCAUGUGCACUGGGGGGUUAUUUUUAACAGAUACGUAUUUCCAUAAAUGCUGUAGUUUACAGGACAGUGAAAUGUGUAAGUUGUUUUUGUUUCUGUUCUUUUUGGAGUGUGUGUGUGUGUGUGCGUGUGCGUGUAUUUGUAUAUGUGUGAAUCUAUGCACUCACAUCCAAGCUGCAUUAAAUUACAGGCCUAUACUCUGGCCAGUACGUUAGCUUUUUGAUUUGUGCUGUUUAAUGCUUAGUUAAAAAAUAUCUAAUAAAAGGA